CAGCGAAGCUCGAGGGUCUGGCCGGAAACACCAUCGAAACGGAAGAAAAGUCUCGCGUCGACGGAGCCCUGUGACAUCAGUGUCAUUUUGAUAGUUACUUUUGUUUGUUUAUUUGUGAUUUAUGUUCUUAUGGUUAUUUAAGUUACCUUGAUGUAAGUUCUGUUUUAUACUAAUUACUGCCGAUGGCUUCACCCCCGCAUGCCAACAGCCAGCAAAAUUCACAACUAGCCGCUGUGUCGCUCGAUGAUUUUGUUCAAUGCCCUCAUUGCCCGGCCCCAAAAUUCUUGAAAGGUCGCCGAGGUCUCCACAUCCACCAAGGCAAGUGUCACAAACUCACCUUCAGCCAAAUUCCCACUAUAUCUCACCCCUCAUCAGCUCCAGCACCUAUCAUUCACACCAAUCUUUCGGAUAAACUAAGCUCUUUAAAAAACUCUGUGCCCAUUAUUAAGCGCAUCCCGCGAGGUGCUAGAUCUACUGUUUCAAACCACUUAGUAAAAGCUAUUGAUGACUGCGUAAAUGAAAAUUCACUAUCAAGCUGGGAAUACCUGUUAACGUUCUCAUACAACAUUUUUAACGUUAACAAAGAAGACAAAAAAUCUCUGACUUCCAAAAUUAAAUUAAAUUGCACCCGCCCUCACAACAUAGACAUUAACCAUAACACUCACCUUUUCAAACCCAGCCAAAUCAAUAAGGUAGUCAAAUGUAAAUUAACCGAUGGGGACCACAAAGGCGCUGCCCAACUUCUGUUUUCCAGCGACACAUCUGCUCUCAGACACCCCAGAGACUCUGACUGCUCUCCAAAGUAAACAUCCGCCGGCACCCGCAGUACCUGACCUUCCCGAUACUCCUAGUUCAGCCUUACCAUGCCUACAAUGCUCGGAAGACGCAGUCCAAAUAGCCAUCACGUCAUUUAAAAAUGGCUCUGCAGGCGGCUUAGAUGGAAUAACCGCACAACAUUUAAAAGACCUAACUUCAGAGUCGACGCUGCGAAUAAUUGGAGGAGAUGAGGCCCCUCCCAAGUUCGGAUAUUUCCACGCUUCACUACAAAACUUAACCGGACACCAUGUUUGUGGGGGCGCCGUGGUAUCCGACCGACACGUGGUGACAGCGGCACAUUGUCUUCAAGGUGCUGAACCACAAUACAUUAAAGCCGUAGUGGGGACGACGAACCUGGAUGAGGGAGGCAAUUCAUACGAUCUUGAAUCUAUACGCAUCUUCAAUGAUUUUAAUUAUAGCAGCAGGGCCAAUGAUUUAGCAAUUCUUAAAUUGGCUAAGCCUUUUAAUUCAAAUGACGUUGAAAUAAUAGAGAUAGAUCAAAUGAACUUAAAUGAAAACGAUGAAGUCACUUUAACUGGCUUUGGCGCUCAAGAGGUCAAUGGUGUAUCAAGUCGGUUAAUGCACGUUCUAGGACUGACUGUAUUCAGUCAAGAAACAUGUCAAUAUGCCAUGCGUUAUACUCGAGCAGUCGAUGAAAAUAUGUUUUGUACAUUCACUAAAAUCGGUGAAGGAACCUGCCAUGGUGACUCUGGUGGACCGUUAGUAAAGGAUAAUAAACUUGUUGGCCUUGUUUCAUGGGGAAUCCCCUGUGCCGUAGGGUUUCCCGAUGUACACACACGAAUAGCGCCUUUCUUUGAUUGGAUUCAGGAACAGAUAGAAUAGUUUUGAUUGAAAA